AUGAGUUAUCAGCUUUACAGAAAUACGACGUUAGGUCAGAGUUUACAGGAAACGUUAGAGGAACUGAUACAGACGCAGCAAAUUGAUCCUGAUUUGGCUUUGAUCGUUCUACUACAAUUUGAUAAAACUAUUAAUUCCGCAUUAGCAAAUCGGUUACGCACUAGAAUGUCAUUUAAGGGACAUUUACGAACAUACAGGUUUUGUGAUAGUGUUUGGACUUUAAUUGUUGAAAAUGCGGAAUUCCGUGAGACCGGAAGCGAUACACACUCGUUUAAGGUUGACAAAUUGAAAGUAGUUGCUUGUGACGGUAAAACAAGUGGCCUAGAAUGUAAGGAACUUUAA